UGAGACCCAGAGGAAGAACGUUUCUUCUCAGGACAGCGGGAUUUGACACAGGACCAGGUGAAACACCUGCCUUCAUUGGAAUUGUCUGCUGUUACAACACAGAAUAAACCCAGACAUGACAGUUUCUUACACCCUUGAAGUGGCAAAUGUGAAAUUUGGUGGCUUCACCAAGCUCCUGUUCAGGUGGAAGGGAAGCAUCUACAGGCUGCUUUACAAAGAGCUUCUGGUGUUUUGUGGUGUUUUUCUGUUUUUCAGUGUGUUUUACAGGUUUAUGCUCACACCAAAGCAGCAGGAUCUGUUUGAGCGUAUCGCCCUUUACUGUGAUCAGUUCACCAACACCAACUUCAUCCCAGUUUUGUUUGUACUGGGUUUCUAUGUGAGCCUGGCCUUUAAUCGAUGGUGGGGUCAGUACACCAGCUUCCCGCUGCCUGAUAACCUGAUGAUGGUGGUGUCUGGGAAUGUCCACGGGGCAGACGAGAGGGGUCGUCUGCUGCGACGAACACUCAUGAGAUACGCCAACUUAUCUUCAGUUCUUAUUCUCCGCUCCAUUAGCACAAGAGUUCACAAGCGUUUCCCAACUUUGGAGCACAUAGUGGAGGCUGGAUUUAUGACAACACACGAGCUGAAAAAGUUUGAGUCGCUACACUCAGAUUUCAACAAGUACUGGAUGCCGUUGACUUGGUUCUCAAACCUGGCGUCCAGAGCGAGAGAGGAGGGUCGAGUGAAGGAUGACAUCGCUUUGAGACUGCUGAUGGAUGAGCUGAAUAAGUACAGAGCCAAGUGCAGCCUCCUGUUCCACUAUGACUGGAUAAGCAUCCCUUUAGUCUACACUCAGGUAGUCACUAUAGCAGUUUACUCUUUUUUUGCCUUCUGCGUGAUUGGCCGACAAUUUUUGAACCCUGAGAAAGGAUACAAAGAUCAUAAACUGGACAUGUACGUCCCUGUUUUCACCCUGCUGCAGUUCUUCUUCUACACUGGCUGGCUCAAGGUGGGGGAGCUGAUCAUCAAUCCGUUUGGCGAGGACGAUGAUGACUUUGAAACAAACCAGCUGAUUGACCGAAACAUUCAGGUGUCAAUGCUGGCUGUAGAUGAUAUGUACCAGAACCUGGCUCCAAUUGUGAAGGACAAGCAUUGGGCACAGAGAAAUUUCUCCGUCCCUUACACUCUGUCGACAGCAGCACAGACUCUCAAACCGGCCUUCAAAGGCUCUGCCUUUGACAUGAGCCAUAUUUGCAGGAUGAGUGCUGAGGAUCUUGAGAUUCACCAGCCUGCAGACACUCCUGGAGAGAAACAGUAUUUUCCUCUUAAGGGCUCUCUGGGCAAUGGUCUCGACAGUCUUCUGCAGAAGGGCAAAGAUGUCCUGCGAGGGGGGAGCCUCCCUUCUCUGAUGGAUGUCUCGUCAUACCCAAAUUAGAUGAUGAUGCUGAGGGUGACAUCAAUGCCACCAACCACGAAGAACAAGAAAAGGCAUUAUUUAAAGUUGCAGUGGAACACAACUAGUGAAAAUGAUUGUGUGUUUUUGACCCAAGAAUGUUUUAACAACUUUUAUUGUAUAACAUAUUUUUUGAUUUGACACAACUAAAU